CUGUCACACAGAUGGUGACACAGUAGCUGGUUCUGUGUUUCGUGAAUUGUGCAAUGUUUUCUGUCUCGAACAAACAAAAUAUAAUCAAACAAUGGAUGAAUUAGAGUCGACUGUCCAAAAAUAUGUUACGAAUUUCUGUAAUAUUUUACCAAUACACGUGGAAAAGUGGCGAAAAUUAUUAGAAGAGGCAAGUAUGCCCAACAAAGCACUGUGUAACUAUGCAGAGCAGCUACGCCACGUGGAGAAAGCUGAUAUUGAAUACAUAGAAAACUUCACCGAACUCCAAGGAAAACUUAAGUUCAAAAUCUUUAUGGAAAUGGAGGACGAAAUGAAAUGUUUGAGAAAUGUGAUAGAUAGACUCAACCAAGCAAAUCAAGUACUGAAAAACAAAUUGUCAAUAUUGGAGAAAUCUUCAAAUGAUUUGAACUGGGAGUCAGAUUCAUCACUUUUAACAGGAACUGCUUUACAACCUCCACUAACCAAAGUUCUUCAGGAAGGACUAACUUUCUGGAGGUUUUUUUCAAAUGCGAUGAACUCAAUCAAUGAAAACUUCAAAAAUGUGAAUGUACGAGAUGAAAAGGCAAUGACUACUUUGGAAAAAUGUUUUCAACUUGACUUGGAACAUGAACAGCUUCUGAGCUUUUUGGCUUUAACCCAGUAUGUGAAUAAUAAUAAAGCAGUUAUAUAGUUAAAA